CCUUUCGAUACCUUCAGCGUGAGAUAAUCCACACCGUGCGAAGGACAAUUCCUCGGAAAGAGCAAAGAACAUGCUGCUUCGGACGUUACGGAUACCGACGCUUCGAGCGACGAGCUCGCUACGGAGUCUUUAUGCACCGCGCAGUGCUCGGUUCUAUUCUUCUGAAAAUGAGGGUGGGACAAAAAUUCAGCCGGAGCUCGAUGAAUUUAUCGACGCCGUCGAACGCGGGGAUCGCGAGACUGCUAAAGAGAUGAUUAAGGAUGCCGGAAUUGAGUACGACCACGUCUACAACCCUGCCGAGAGCGUGUCUGAUACGGAGGUUCCCAAGAUGACGACACGAGCUCAGCAUAUUCGGAAAUUGGCCCAGUUCUAUUCACCAAAGAUGAUCAAGUCUAUUAUCGCCAGUGAGCAGUCUGUCACUCCCGAUUUAUGGAAAAGUCGUCGGGAACCGAUUUCGGGGUUUGCUAUCUCGUACGUGGACGACUUGGCCGCGCGCGACCGGUUCUGGGAUUCUGCCAGAGGUGAAUGGCAUGAUCCGGCCGUCGAGCCUAGACAGCCUGUUCCUCUGUUUGGGGAAGGAGCCGAGAAAGCCGCUGAGAAGAAAGAGAGGCAAGAGCAGAUUGAAGCACAGGCUGAUCAGAUUCUGGAAGAACAUGGUCCAGAAGCUGCUGAAGAGUUUUAUAACGAGGAAAUGCAAGAGCUCGACGAGGAGAUAUCGGACGAGCCUGAGGUUACCAUUCCCGGCAACACACUCUCUAAUGAAUAUCUCUCGAGUCUGACAGCAAAGACUCUUGUGCGCAAGGUCGUGUCAAACGUCACCCGUCUCGGAAAGAUCCGCAGUUUCUAUGCGCUUGUCGCCGUUGGCGAUAAAAACGGUAUGGUCGGUAUCGGCGAAGGUCGUCAUCGUGAGAACGCUUCAGUUGCGAACACCAAAGCCCGUGUCCAAGCUAUGGCGAACAUGGUCUACGUUCCCCGUUACGAAAACCGAACGAUCUACGGUCAGCUCCAACACAAAUACCACGGCGUCGAAAUGGACCUGUUCCCGCGACGACGUGGUUUCGGUGUGCGCACCAACCACCUUGUUUACGAGAUUGCGAAUCUGGCGGGAAUUAAGGAUCUGGCUGGAAAAGUGCGGGGAUCGCGCAAUAGGAUGAACACGGUCAAGUGUACCCUCGAGGCUUUGACAAGCCAGACUCUGCCGGAGGAUAUUGCUGUUAUGCGUGGAAAGAAGGUGGCUGACAUUCGCAAGAUUUACUUUGAAGGUGCCACAAAUGACGAUGAAUGAGUGGAAUGUAUAUUGAUGGUUCUAUGCUGUCGCGAUAGAAAAGUAAUACGGGGUAUCAAGUUCUGACACUUUGGUCAGUAUAGCUUUUACUCUGCGCAUGUAUUUUCCUUCUGUUUGUAUAUAGAUUAUGUUUGUAAAUCUAAUUCAAGUUUAUCAAUUUUGACCAUAUACAA